AUGUAAUGUAUAGUAGUACCAUAGAUCAAGUUUGUUAAUCUGUGGUAGUACUACCCGAAGCCUGGAAGGGUUCACCUAUAGCUACAGCUAGAUAUUCAAUUCAUAUUCCUUAUAUCAGAUAAUCUCUUUUUGAAUCCAUGUAGUUGGCGCAACUCGUUAGUCAGUUAUCAUUCAUUCAUUAUUAUUGGUCAUGUUAUAUCAUCAAGAAAGAGCGAGAGAUUGUAGAUAAGGUCAUAUAUAACAAUAAUAAUUGUAAAAGUCAUGACCUAUGCAUAUGUAUAAUAUUCAUAGGCAACUAUAGUGCCUAUUCAUAAAAGUUAAAGUUCGGUUUCUCAUCGAAAUGAUAGUGUUCAUUUUGUUAUCAGUCAUUUUGAUAGUUCUGACGAGACUGUUUUCCAGAACAGUAUCCAAGCAAUGUGAUAGUCAAGUUUGCUUAGUUGGUAAAACAGCUUUAGUUACUGGAGGCAGUGCUGGAUUAGGAUAUCAAAUCGUCCUCGAUCUAUGUAAGAGAGGAUGCAGGGUGAUAAUAGCCGAUAAGAAUGUGAAUGGAGAUAUCAAAGAAGCCAUCAUACAAGAAACUAAUAAUGACAACAUCACGAUGGAACACGUGGAUCUGGCAUCAUUUAAAUCCGUAAGACAACUGGCAGAGAGAAUCAAUCGAACGGAAGAGAAGCUGGAUGUACUGAUCAACAAUGCCGGUGUUCUAUUCAGCUCCAAUGAUCUCACAGAAGAUGGUUUGAAUCUAACGUGGCAGAUAAACCAUUUUGGUCCUUUUUUACUGACGCAUCUUCUCAUAGAUCUGUUGAAGAAAUCACAGUCAGGACGAAUCAUUUUCACCAGUUCUGAAAUGGCAUUCUUCAAUAACCUGGAAAGGUUUGAUCCAGGAAAAACAGACUUCAUGAAUGAAACAAAAAACGUAUUCCAUUAUAGCAAUACCAAAUGCCUAAACAUAGUAGCAUCUGAUAUAUUUGCUGAAAAACUUGAGAAACAUAAUAUCUCCUCCAAUUCUUGUCAUCCAGGCGUAGUGAGAACGAGUAUUUUCCAGAGUAGUUCGGUUCAUUGUCGGAAUUGGGCGGACUAUCUAUCGUUGGGGGCUUUAAACUUCUUACAAAUAUUUGCUGGAACGGGGACGAAGGAAGGUGCUCAUAGUAGCAUUCACCUGGCCGUUGCAAAAGAAGUAGAGGGAAUAUCGGGGAAAUAUUUCGGACAAUGUUCUCCCAAAAGAAAGCCCAAACUCACCACCAAUAAAUCCUUCUGUGAACGCAUCUGGAAGCUAUCAGAAAAUGUAGUUGAUCUGAAGGUUGACGAAAGACUGUGAUGUCAUCGAUUAAAAAGUAGGAUAUAGUUGAAAUAUACAAUUCUCUUGUAUGCCUGAAAUCAUUAUUUGUAUUUUCUUCAUGGAAUACACUUCGUC